CCAUACCCAUGAAAAUUAAACAGAGAUCACCACGUGCUUAAAGUACUUCAACUACACAGCUCGUCUUUCUCCCACUUCUCCCACCACAACCACCACCUGCUACUCUUCCUAACCCUAAUCAAAAUCAAAGUCGACCCCUUAAAGGAGGAGGAGGAGAAGAAGAUAUUCCACGUUUUUUCUCUAUUUUCGUUCCAAUUCCCUUCAAUCCCCCUCCUGAAUCUCUUUCGGCGCGAUUGGAUCUCAGCGCAUUUUACAGCCCCGCCUAGACCCAUCAAUCCGGAAGAGAAAUAUCAACCCCCCCACCCACUUCUUUGGUAUCUUACUUUCGAGGGUUUUGGAUCUGAAAAUAUUUAGGUUUUGUUAUUUUCGAAUAUUUUUGUUGGAGUUAGGCUUCUCGGAGGUUGGGUGGCAUAUUAUAGAGAAAUCUGAGCUGCCAAUGCCAUUAUUGGUUUGGUAUAUAAAGAUUUUUUCGGUGGUUUUUAAGAUACCGAAAAAGCUUAAUUUUGAGGCCAUCAAUGUCUUGGGCAGGGCCGGAAGACGUCUACCUCUCGACCUCUCUCGCCAGCUAUCUCGACAAGAAACUUCUUGUACUGCUGCGAGAUGGUCGAAAGCUCAUGGGGAUUCUUCGUUCUUUUGAUCAAUUUGCCAACGCCGUACUUGAGGAAGCAUGUGAGAGAGUUAUUGUUGGUGAUCUUUAUUGUGACAUUCCUUUGGGCCUAUAUAUAAUCCGUGGAGAGAAUGUUGUUUUAAUUGGGGAGUUGGACUUGGAGAGAGAGGAACUUCCCCCACACAUGACUCGCGUUUCAGAAGCAGAAAUUAAAAGGGCACAGAAAGCAGAAAGGGAAGCUACAGAUCUUAAAGGGACCAUGAGGAAAAGAAUGGAAUUCCUUGACCUGGAUUAAUGACGUUUGCUACUUCAUGGAGUUCUUUCACGUCUGUCCGCAAAUAUUAUAGCGGCCUCUCUCUCUCUGUGUUGGCUGUUGGAUAUUGAUAGGUGUUAAGGGGGCCAAAUCUUUGUAAUAUUUGUUUGAAUGAAUACAACUACUUUGAUGAUUUUAAUGGGGUUUGAAGUUCAUAAACCA